AAGACGCGUCACAGCUUCUGGAAGAUGUCGGAGUACGCAGCGGCCCAGAAGAGCACCCUGAAACUGAAGGGUGUGGGGAGCGUUUCAGCUGGAAAGAAGAAGAAGAAGAAGGAUAAAGAGAGUAAGAGUCGCUUGGAGCAGUUCAACGCCAGUCAGAACGAUGAGGAGAUGAAAAGCAACAAAGAAUAUGUUGACAGAAGGACACCGGCACAAAUUGCCUUUGACAAGAUGCAAGAGAAGAGGCAAAUGGAGAGGAUUUUGAACAAAGCCUCAAAGACACACAAACUCAGAGUGGAGGAUUUCAAUCGCCACCUGGACACUCUGACAGAGCAUUAUGAUAUUCCCAAGGUCAGCUGGACCAAAUAGAGGAGGACCAAUUGGUCGUUUUGUUUUUCACUUGUCUUGCACACCACAUUUUUUUUUGUUUGUUGCGAGUUUCAUAUAUUUAAAAUUAAAAUCCUUAAAUUGUCACUCAUUCUAAUGUUUUAAUCCCUGGUGUAUAAAAUAAAGGAUUUGAGUAAACGCA